AUGUCAGCUGCCGCCCGUCUCGCCGGCAUCAAUGUCGGCGCUCCGGCGCAUCCUGUUCCUAGUCCCACCGCUGAUUUCGGUCUCAUCGGUCUGGCCGUCAUGGGCCAGAACCUGAUCCUGAACGCCGCUGACCACGGUUUCACCGUCUGCGCCUACAACCGCACAACCUCCAAGGUCGACCGCUUCCUUGAGAACGAGGCCAAGGGCAAGUCCAUCAUUGGCGCCCACUCCAUUCAGGAGUUCAUUGCUCAGCUCAAGCGCCCCCGCCGUGUGAUGCUCCUCGUCAUGGCUGGCAAGCCCGUCGAUGACUUCAUCGAGUCUCUCCUGCCCUUCCUCGAGGAGGGUGACAUCGUCAUUGACGGUGGUAACUCCCACUACCCCGACAGCAACCGCCGCACUAAGUACCUCGCCUCCAAGGGCAUCAGCUUCGUCGGUAGCGGUGUUUCCGGUGGUGAGGAGGGUGCUCGCUACGGUCCUUCUCUCAUGCCCGGUGGUAACGAGGCCGCCUGGCCCCACAUUAAGGAUAUCUUCCAGAGCAUCGCCGCUAAGAGCGAUGGUGAGGCCUGCUGUGACUGGGUCGGUGACGAGGGUGCUGGCCACUACGUCAAGAUGGUCCACAACGGUAUUGAGUACGGUGACAUGCAGCUGAUUUGCGAGGCCUACGAUAUCCUGAAGCGUGGUCUCGGUCUUUCCUGCAAGGAGAUCGGUGACGUCUUCACCAAGUGGAACACUGGUGUUCUGGACUCUUUCCUUAUUGAGAUUACUCGCGAUAUUCUCUACUACAACGAUAACGAUGGCACUCCCCUCCUUGAGAAGAUCCUGGACAAGGCUGGUCAGAAGGGUACCGGCAAGUGGACCGCCGUCAACGCUCUUGACCUUGGUAUGCCCGUCACCCUGAUCGGCGAGGCUGUCUUCUCCCGUUGCCUCAGUGCCCUCAAGGAUGAGCGCACCCGUGCCUCCACUAUCCUCAGCGGCCCUACCCCCAAGUUCGAGGGUGACAAGGCUGCCUUCAUCGAUGACCUUGAGCAGGCUCUGUACGCCUCCAAGAUCAUCUCUUACGCCCAGGGCUUCAUGCUCAUCCAGAACGCCGCCAAGGAGUACGGCUGGAAGCUGAACAAGCCUUCCAUCGCCCUCAUGUGGCGUGGUGGCUGCAUUAUCCGCUCCGUCUUCCUCAAGGAUAUCACCAACGCCUACCGCAACAACCCCGACCUCGAGAACUUGCUGUUCGAUGAAUUCUUCACCAAGGCCAUCAACACCGCCCAGAACGGCUGGCGCAACGUUGUCAGCAAGUCCGCUCUCUGGGGUAUCCCUCUGCCUGCCUUCUCCACUGCCCUCAGCUUCUACGACGGCUACCGCACCAAGAACCUUCCUGCCAACUUGCUGCAGGCCCAGCGUGACUACUUCGGUGCCCACACUUUCCGCAUUAAGCCCGAGCACGCCAACGAGAACUUCCCCGAGGGCAAGGAUAUCCACGUCAACUGGACCGGCCGUGGCGGUGACGUGUCUGCCUCGACCUACGUCGCGUAA